AUGCAGGGAUUUUCUAGCUGAAUUAAAUGGAUGAAAGCAGAUAACGUAAACGUUGUAGGACAAAUAAUCAUGGCUGUAGCAUUCAAUGACAACUAAAGACAACGGCGCUUCCCCGUUGUAAUUAUCUGACAUUUCGAGGCGGUUGUCGGUGCAAAUAACGGCGUGUUUCUCCUUCGGACGGCUGGACUUGGCUCCAAUAUCAGGUCGCUACAGUGGUGAGGAAGCAAGCUAGCUGUCAAGUAGCAGCCACAUCAGCACCGCCAGCCAGCCACGAUAGCAUCAGUAGAUUUCAUUAUGGCAGACAGUAUCAUGAGCAAGGCUGCUACCAUGGAGAUCCCCAUUAACAGCAAUGGAGACACAGGGACUCUGCCAGAGGAUGACAGCCUGGAGCAGGAUUUGCAGCAGGUCAUGGUUUCUGGACCCAACCUGAAUGAAACCAGCAUUGUCUCAGGAGGUUAUGGAGGGCCUGCAGGAGGCAUCAUUCCAACCAGCACCAUCAAAGGGCCUGCAGUUCGCUUCAAUCCUGAGUAUCUGGACAGAAGACGAGCCCCUGCAACAGGACCAGACAUUCGCAUGAAAUCCAGGGGUGUUAGCUUGCCUAACAGCCAGUCUGCAGCCAGCCGACUUGCCCAACACACAGACCGGCAUCCAGGGUCAUCAAACCAUAACUCUAGUAAUUCAGCUGAAGAAGUUACUCGUGGUGUGGCAGUGGAGAAACUGGACAGUGUAAAGAAAUGGGGCAUAAACACAUACAAGUGUACCAAACAGAUGUUUUCAGAGCGGUUUGGCCGAGGCUCACGGACAGUAGACCUGGAACUGGAGGCUCAGAUUGACGUGUUAAGAGAUACUAAGAGCAAGUAUGAAAACAUCCUAAGAUUGGCCACUGCGCUCAUCAAUCACUUCCAAAGCAUGGUACAGACGCAACAGGCUUUAGGAGACACCUUCACCGACCUCAGCCAGAAGUCCCCAGAGUUGCAGGAUGAAUUUGGUUAUAACGCAGAAACACAGAAGCUGUUGUGUAAGAAUGGCGAGGCUCUGCUUGGUGCCAUCAACUUCUUUGUGUCCAGUAUCGACACCCUGGUCAACAAAACAAUGGAGGAUACUUUGAUGACCAUUAAGCAGUAUGAAAAUGCAAGACUUGAGUUUGAUGCCUAUCGUUCUGAUUUGGAGGAGCUGAGUUUGGGCCCUAGGGAUGCGGCUGCCAUGGUCCGCAUUGAGAUAGCUCAGCAUGACUACCAGAUCCACAGAGACAAAUAUGAAAGACUGCGUAGUGAUGUCACUAUCAAGCUCAAGUUCCUGGAGGAAAACAAGGUGAAGGUGAUGCACAAGCAGCUGCUUCUCUUCCAUAAUGCUAUCUCAGCUUACUUUGCUGGCAACCAGCAGCAGUUGGAACAAACUCUAAUACAGUUCAAUGUAAAGUUAAAGCCCCCAGGAUCAGACAAGCCAUCCUGGCUAGAGGAGCAGUAAAGAUCGCUCCAGGUUCAGCUGUUCAGGUGUACAGUGACAAGCUGGUCAGUGAAGAACAUGAAAUUAUGGAUAGAUGGACAAGAGUCAAAUGUAUAAAGGAGUAUAUUGUAGGAUUAGUAGCGGCCAGUGAUAACGAAAAACAUGAGAGAUCAGUUUUGUAAUGUUUUUCAGUAUCACAUAUUUUACAUAGAUGGCGCAAUGAUUUCAAUUGUUUUUUUGUUAAGUCACAGAACGACUUUUUGUUACUUUUAUUAUUCUUUAGGUAGCACAAUCAUUUACGUGUAUAUCACUUCUUAUUUAUGUACACUAUAGUCUUCUAUUGUGGAGAUACCCCUUGGCAGUUUUGCACAUGCAUUAUUUUGUUGUUUUUUAAUCUUGUCUAAAGCGUUAUCUUUAAUAUUGCAGAGUACACCACAUGGGAGGAAUUCCACAAAUCACUUUAGCAAGUUUGGGGAAUAAUAUCAAAAAUAUAAAUAUUCUCUGAAAUUCUAUUUAUUUUCAUGAAUAUGCAUGACUGAACCAUGUCCUUCAAAUGUUGCUUUACAGAUUUAAAUCAGGAUCAAAAUUAUCCCACUAUGUUUCUAAUAGUGCUUUGUGGAAUACCUGUCUGAAUGGUCAAGUUACGGUUUACAUGCAUAGAAGGGAAAAAAUAUAUAUGGUGAAUAUAGUGAUUUUCUCUAACUUAAUAUACAAUUCAUAAUUAACUGGACCUCCUAAGUUUUUGGUACCUCCAGAUAUGUCCUUAUGAAUUCAGCAGUUACAAUUAUCUGUCUUUUUUACUCCAGUGUUUACACAUGGAAACAAGCCUCAAAAACAGCAGUGAGUCAGCAUCAAUGAAUCUAAUGGAUGCUUUGAUGAUAAAUAGAGACAUCUCAGUUAUCAUAAAGAAAUCCAAAUCAACCUGUGACACAUAGCCAGUGUAUGAUCGUGUUUGACUGUUUCAGUGGGAGGUGACAGUGUUUGAGACUCAUUUUUGAAGUCUCAAGUUUUAAAACACAUACAAUGAAUGGGAAUACUGAAUAAACAUGAUACCACAUAUAUUCUGUUACGAUGCAAAUCUCUUCAAGAACAGAAUGUAUGAGUACAUUUUUAUUAUUUUAUUUAUUUACCAAUUUGUUUGUAACAUAACGUUGUAUGUUACGUAAGCCUCUUUUGAGUUCUAGUCAGCUGAUUGUCUUUGUCUUGGUCUGCAUUUCCAAUAAAGUCUGCUGGAUGGUUUGUUUCACAUAACUGUGCAGUUGACACAAUUCUGUCAGUUUGAUAUGGGAAGCUUUCACAGAAUAUGUACAGAAA